AACGGCAACCGCGUCCCGGCGGGAACGCGGCCCCCCCGGGGGUUUUUUUUCCCUUUUGGGGGCCCCGGGCGGGGGGGCCCCGUCCCCCCCGGCCGGCCCCCGCCCCUCGGGGGCGGGCCUUUUGGCGUUUUUGGGGAACCCCCCCGCGUUGCGGGCCGGCCCCCGCGGGCGGGAAGCGACGUUGGCGGCUUCCGCGGCGGCCAACCGCCAAAAGCUUUGCCUCCGCGCCCGCCAAAAGCUCCUUUCGAGGGGGCCGCUCCCAAAAGCGGAAGGAAAAAUUUUUGGCCGAGCCUCGAGCCAAGGAAGCCGCCCGGCCCCUGCUUUUCCGCGGCCCCGGCUCCCGGCCCGCGGCGCUUCCCGCCCCGCGCCCCCCGCUCCCGCCUCCGCCCCCGCGCCCGCGCCCGCCCCAGUGCUGCCCGUCCCGAGUUGCGCUCGAAAGAGCGCAGUCUCCUGGAGUGCUGGAAAGAGCAUCGGCCGGCGGUUGCGGGCGAGCGGCGACGCGAUGGCGUGACGCCUCCCGCGGCGCAUCUGGGACGUGGCCAAGCGCACAACAGCAGCAGCAGGAAGAAGCGCGAGAAGGAGCGGGAGCGCACGGGGGAGCCGGGCGAGCCGCCGAGCUGCGCGCGGGGGCCAGUUCCCGCGCCGGCCGCGCCCCGCCGCUCCGCCGCCCCUGUCCCUGCCCCUGCCCCCGCCCGGCGCGCCGACGGCCGAACGCCCCGCCGUCCGCCCGCGCGCGCGCGCCGCCCGCAGCCCGACCUUGGGCACGCGCAAGCGUCGACCCGCUCCCCGUGCUGUUCGCGCCGCGCGCGCCUCGGGUUGAGCGAGGGCUCCGCCCUUCUCGCCCGUGUGCACCGGCGCCGCGCCGAGUCCUGGACGCCCGUCGGUGGCGGUGGGCAACGCCCUCCCGCCGGCCGACCGCCCCCGGGGGUUUCUUCCUCAAAAGGACGACACGCCGGCGGCUGCCCCCGCCGGCGGCACGCGCAGCACGCGCCCGGCCCGCCGCCGCUGCGCCACAUGCCCUCCGUCAUCCAGGACGAGGAGGAGCCCGACGAGGAGGAGGAGCAGGUGGCCGUCGAGAUCAGCGCGCCGGCCCCGCCGCCCAGGGAAGAGCCCAGGAAGGAGCCGCUCGCCAAGACGCUCUCCAGGGAGGAGCCCAAGAAGCCCACGUGGAUGGAAGAGGCGACGAUAGAGGCUCCCAAGAAAGUAGCCCCUCCGCCACAGGUUGCAAAAGAUGAGCAGGAUGCGCCUCCUAGGAAAAUUCCGAAAGUGCCAUCCAAGGAUGAGUCGAUGAAAGACGUGCUCAGCGAACUCGCAGCGAAACAAGAGACGAGAAUGGAUUCGUUCGAUAAAUUUCCCACUGCUGAAGAAAAAGUUCCAACGCGAGAGGAGAAAACAUCGUCUAAGGAAGACACCGAAAGGGCCGCUUUGAAGAAGACCUCGGCCGCUUUGAAAAAGACCUCGGCUGCGUUGAAGAAGACCUCGUCCAAGGAGGACACGGAGCGCGCCGCUCUGAAGAAACGGGAGCUGGAAGAGCUGACCGUGGAGGAGCGCCAACGGCGCUUGAUCGAGCAGCAGCGCCUGUACGAGGCCCAACUGCAGAAGCAGCGCUCGCUGGAGGAGGAGCGCAAGCGCACGCGGCGCCUGGGCGCGCGCCACCGGAGCGCGGGCUCGUCGCGCGACGGCUCCCGCGAGGGCUCCCGCGACGACGACGACCGACCGCGCUCGCGGCAGCACUCCAAGGACGGCGACGACCGGCCGCGCUCGCGACAGCACUCGAGGGACGGCGACGACCGCCCGCGCUCGCGACAGCACUCGAGGGACGGCGACGACCGGCCGCGCUCGCGACAGCACUCGAGGGACGGCGACGACCGGCCGCGCUCGCGGCAGACGUCUCUCGACGGGGACGACCGGUCGCGGUCGCGCCACUCUUCGCGAGACAGCGAAGGCCGCGACUCGCGCCCGGUGUCGUUCGACGCGACGGACGACCCGCCCAAAGAGGAGGACGAACUGUUGGCGGAGGAGGUUCUCGACAGCGAUAGCAUGGAGGAAAAGGGGAAGGAGAAAGAAGUGGUGGCGGCCAAGCCUCCCGUUGCGCCCGCGUCGUCCGCAGCCACGCCCCCCGUCGUCGCCACGAUCACCCGCGCCCCGCGACUGGGCAUGACACACGAAGAACGUGAGAGGCGGGCAGGGAGCUCGAAAAAGCAGGAAGGCGAG